AGGCGUGAAUUACUUUACGUUUUAGUUGAAACAGCACGCUUUACCAAAUGACUCGACAAAAGUAGGAAACGGCUUAUGGUUCUAAAAAAUGCAUUUAUGAUUUCUAUGUAACGGAAGGAUGUCUUUAACUACUAGAACACCUGUGGGAUUUGCUCUUGUUUCAUGACGGCUGCCUUCGUCGCCACAAGCGGCUCGUCACUAAUUCAUGAAACAAACCUCUUCCAUGCUAAAACAGCAUUGAAAAAGGCCACGUGGGGUUUAAUAAACUGACGUGCGAAACUCAGUAACCAAGUGAAUGUCCUGAUAUUGCAUGUGAACCACUUCAAAUAACGGAUAGUCAGGACAGAGGAAACGAAAUACGUGUUUGAGUAGAAGGUGAAACUACCACUGAGGCUGAUUCAGAUACAGUACGACAAUGUCAUCGUUGGAAAUACAGAAAGUAUUGGGAGUGGUUUCUUUCGUUUUAUCACUUCUACCAUUUGAGGGCCAAGCCGGUGAAUUCUGCGAUGCUCAUUACACGCUGGACGAGAAAUUCAGGCCAGGGGUUUGGUGUGCUGAAUUCUGCUGCGGCGGCGACGCCUUCAAGUAUUGCUGUCCUGAAUGUGGAAAGAGUGUCUUCAAGAAUGACUCCUGCAUUAGCGUGGAGAAUGGCCCGCACAGAUCUUCCAGCGAAAGCGAGAUCGUUGGUGGCGUCGUUGCUGGUCUGUUCAUGGUGAUCGUGAUAUUGGUAGUUCUGGUGACGUACUGUGGAGCGAAAGCAAAGGAGGGUAACCAAAAGAAACAAGAGCGGCGACGUCAGAACGCUGGAAGCCCUAAAAUAGGUCUCGAAUGCCCGACUGUGGUCGUCAUAGAAGGCCAGGAUGGAAGGACAAGGGUCAUAAAACCACCCAAACACAUCGACAUUUCUCGAAAGAAAUGUCGUGAUUCGCCUCGGGCGGGGUCUAGUCGCAGGAGGUCGACCGAAGGCCCGCUUUCUCCCCGUUCCGAAAUGCGUGUACCUCCGAGUGAUGUUCGGAGGCAUUCGGCAGAUGCCCCGAGACCGGGCGGGAAAGAGCGAGGACUUUCUGCAGACGUUCGGAGGCCUUCGGCUAUGGAUGCAAGGAGGGCCACCCCAAAGAGUGAUCGCUCUCGGCCAAAUAAAAAACACGUUGUAUUGUCAAUCUCGAAUGGACAUAGUGCGAGUCAAAAACAAACACGCGGGGAUCGGAAUAAACCUCGCCCCGGACAUGCGCAUAGAUUGCACGCAUCUUCCGGUUUGAACAGAAUUUGAUAUGAUUUUGACUGUGUUUCUUUGGAGAACUUCAGAACCUUUGGUUAGCAUUUGCUGGGUUGUGCAUUUUCUUCGUGCAGAUGCGCGGGUAUAUCUAGAAUCGGCUGGUUCGAACAAUAGAGCCUAAUUUAUGCCCUUUUUCAGCCAGCCUUCUUCGUGCCAUAGCUUUGUCAGAUGAUGCAAACAUAUACAUAGUACUAUUAAAUGGAGUACGAGUAGCUCAUGACAAUCUAUAAAGUCACAGACUUCUAUACACGUCCGUGAUAACAUGUAACAAGUUCAUGACGUUUUCAAUAUCAUCUAUAACUUUCUUUUUAACAUAUCGUAGAACGAUAGCGUUUCGAAAUGCGUUAGCAAGAAAUACACAAGUCUUAUUCAGCGCGUCGCAUUUCGAAAAUAUAAAUGAUUUAUAAAUACGAUAUCUGCAACUAAUUCCGAGAGUUAUUUUGCCCUACCGCACAGUUAAAAGAAUUCAGACCUAGCCCAAUACAUGGCCUAUUGUCUUUAAACAAAGCCCGCUCGCACCUAUACGCCUGAAUGCGCACUUCGUUCUACAGUCUGAGAGGGCCAUCAGGGGAAAUCUUGACCGACCCCCACGAAACACCUUUCAGGGUGAUCAAUAGGCUUAAACCGGCAAGGGCAUAAACGUUAUGACGGCUUUUUCAGUGUAAUGAAAAGUACUUAAAGGUACCUUAGAUACAUUUUGCGGUCUUUCCUUCCCA